CAGAAGAGGAGAAACGCUGCAGAGUAUGGAACGCUGUAGAACUUCCUGAAACAUUUGCUUGGGAUUCCCGGGGAGCAUGAUCUUUUAAAACCAAUUCUUUCUGAAGCCGGUUUGGGUAACUGGGAAAAUGAUACAUAUGCUAAAUGCAGCAGCUGAUCGAGUGAAAUGGACCAGAUCGAGGACUGCUAAAAGGGCUGCCUGCGUGGUGGCUGCAGCCUAUGCUCUGAAAACCCUCUCUCCCAUCAUUGGCAAGCGUUUAAAGCAAUCUGGCCACUGCAAGAAAAAAGAAGCUUACCCGGCUGCAGAGAACAGAGAAAUACUGCAUUGCACCGAGGCCACUUGUAAAAAACCUUCGCCUGGAGUGAAUGCAGAUUUUUUUAAACAGCUACUAGAACUUCGGAAAAUUCUCUUCCCAAAACUUGUGACCACUGAGACAGGAUGGCUCUGCCUCCACUCAGUAGCUCUAAUCUCAAGAACCUUUCUGUCUAUCUAUGUAGCUGGUUUGGAUGGAAAAAUCGUGAAAAGCAUUGUGGAAAAGAAGCCUCGGACUUUCAUCAUCAAAUUAAUCAAGUGGCUUAUGAUAGCCAUCCCUGCCACCUUUGUCAACAGUGCAAUAAGGUACCUAGAGGGCAAAUUGGCCUUGGCCUUCAGAACUCGCCUAGUCGACCAUGCCUAUGAAACCUAUUUUACAAAUCAGACUUAUUAUAAGGUGAUCAAUAUGGAUGGGAGGCUGGCAAACCCUGACCAGUCUCUUACUGAGGAUAUUAUGAUGUUCUCUCAGUCUGUGGCUCACUUGUAUUCCAAUCUGACCAAACCUAUUUUAGAUGUAAUCCUGACUUCCUAUACACUCAUCAAGACUGCUACAUCCAGAGGAGCAAGCCCAAUUGGGCCCACCCUUUUAGCAGGGCUUGUGGUAUAUGCCACUGCUAAAGUGUUAAAAGCCUGCUCUCCCAAAUUUGGUAAAUUGGUGGCUGAAGAAGCUCAUAGGAAAGGCUAUUUGCGGUAUGUGCACUCCAGAAUUAUAGCCAAUGUUGAAGAAAUUGCCUUCUACAGAGGACAUAAGGUAGAAAUGAAGCAACUCCAGAAAAGUUACAAAGCUUUAGCAAAUCAGAUGAACCUCAUUUUAUCCAAACGUUUGUGGUACAUCAUGAUAGAGCAGUUCUUGAUGAAGUAUGUUUGGAGCAGCAGUGGACUAAUUAUGGUGGCUCUACCUAUUAUCACUGCAACUGGCUUUGCAGAUGGUGAUCUAGAGGAUGAUCGAAAGCAAGCUAUGGUUAGUGAGCGGACAGAAGCGUUUACCACUGCUCGAAAUUUAUUGGCCUCUGGAGCUGAUGCUAUUGAAAGGAUUAUGUCUUCAUACAAAGAGAUAACUGAAUUAGCAGGCUAUACUGCUCGAGUAUACAACAUGUUUUGGGUCUUUGAUGAAGUAAAAAGAGGCAUUUAUAAGAGAGCUGCUGUCUUGCAAGAGUCUGAAAACCAUAGCAAGAGUAGAGCUAACGUAGAAUUACCCCUCAGUGAGACACUGGAAAUCAAAGGAAAAGUUAUUGAUGUGGAUCAUGGAAUUAUUUGUGAAAAUGUUCCCAUAAUUACACCAACGGGAGAAGUGGUGGCUUCCAAGCUAAACUUCAAAGUAGAAGAAGGAAUGCAUCUUUUGAUAACUGGUCCCAAUGGUUGUGGGAAAAGUUCUCUCUUCAGAAUUUUAAGUGGGCUCUGGCCUGUGUAUGAAGGAAUCCUAUAUAAACCACCUCCACAACAUAUGUUCUAUAUUCCACAAAGGCCGUACAUGUCUCUUGGAAGUCUUCGGGAUCAAGUCAUUUAUCCAGAUUCAGUGGAUGACAUGCAUGGUAAAGGCUAUACAGACCACGAUCUAGACUGUAUUCUACAUAAUGUUCACCUCUACCAUAUAGUUCAAAGAGAAGGAGGAUGGGAUGCUGUUAUGGACUGGAAAGAUGUCCUGUCAGGAGGGGAAAAGCAAAGAAUGGGCAUGGCUCGCAUGUUUUAUCAUAGACCAAAAUAUGCAUUGCUGGAUGAAUGCACCAGCGCUGUCAGCAUUGAUGUUGAAGGAAAGAUAUUUCAGGCUGCGAAAGGGACUGGAAUUUCCUUACUUUCUAUAACACACAGGCCUUCUCUUUGGAAAUACCACACUCAUUUAUUACAGUUUGAUGGUGAAGGAGGUUGGCGCUUUGAACAAUUGGACACUGCUAUUCGUUUAACACUAAGUGAAGAAAAACAAAAGCUAGAAUCUCAGCUAGCUGGAAUUCCCAAAAUGCAGCAGAGACUCAAUGAACUAUGUAAAAUUUUGGGAGAAGACUCGGUGCUGAAAACAAUAAAAAAUGAAGAUGAGACAUCCUAACUUAUUUUGACAUGUUUUAAAAGUUAAUUUUUAGUUAAAGGCUCAGAGACACUGUUAUAGGGCAUGCAUUGUGUUAAGCUAAGCACAGAGGAAAAAAAGACAGCAAGAAAUGUUUUAUAAGAUUUUAGCAUCAAGGAAAUAUAAGAUCUGACUUUUCAGAAGAAAAUAAACAAAUGCAUUAUGUAAGAUAAGUCAUUAUGGCUUAUACUAAUUCCUAGUGAGAGCCUAAUUCACAUGUAAAACAGGAUUUUCUAGGUAAAUUCAUGAUGAAUACUAGAUUUGCUAAUGUGUAUGUGUUGUGUCUGAAAUUCUUAACAAACAUGGGAUAUAUCUUGAGAAUGGACAACUUAAGAGCAGUGUUUGGGUUGAAACAAGGUGCAGAAAAUUAGAAGUUUGAGUAACAUUUCUGUCCAUUUAUGGUUUUUAGAUUUAACAGCUAGAAUUCAUGUUCCUUUAUUGCUAGUGGUCAACUAAAACCUGUGUACAAAAGCGCUAACAGUUUGAUAGAUAAUUUCAAAACGAAAGAAAUUCUUUUAAUGGCAGUGGUUGAAAGAAAAAAGCAUGGCUAUACUUCUUUUAUAUGUAUAAAAUAUCCUAUUUUUAAUUUUAGAUUUUGAGCAUCUCGUGGGCACAUAAAUUCAUUUUAAUGAGAACUCUUACAUAUUUGUUAAUAAACUUUCAUUUUAAAAAGAGAAUUGCCAAUACAGAAAAGGACUAUCCAAACAAUGUUUGUCUCAGCCUGUUACUUUACUUGGAAGGAUUAUUUAUUGCAAAUUCUGUCCAGAAAUACUUAGCUUGUUUUUGUCCCCAAAGGAGGAGUCCACCACAUUUUGAAAAUAGCAGUGCUAUAAUAGAAUAGAGGGAUUUUCAAAAUGAUAGUAGUAAUAACAUACAUUGGAAUAGUACUUUAUAAUUUACAAUCCUCACUUACAUCAAUUAAUUUUAAUCCUGUGACAAACUUUUGAGGCAAAUUUUUUUUUCCUAGUUUGCUUUUGAGAAAAUUGACACUCAGAUUUGCCCUAAUCAUGCAGUUUAUUUAGGGGCAGAUCCAGGGGUCAAAUGAAUUUCCCCUGUUUCCCUGGUUCAGUGCUAUUUUCAUUAUUAUCCUUGAAAUUCAACUGGGCUAUAAUAGCAAUAAAAGUUAGAUGAGAUGUUGAAAAGAGAAUAAAUUUAGUAAUGUUAGUGUUAUUAUUUUUUGAUUAUUGUUUACAAGGUAUGGAAAUUUAAGUACAAAAUGGAAAGGUUAUUGAUCUGUGGUUUAAAAUAGGGCAGGAAAGUUAGCAAAUCUUUCAGCAGCUAUGCACUUAUACGCAAUAUUAAUGUACCCCUACAACCAGCAUUCAGAAGAGGAAUUGCAUUAUAAAUCAAUUUAAUAUUUAUUGAACAUAAUGAGAAAGAAUCUAUAUGGAAUAGUCAUAUGAAAUAAAUCUUAUAUAUUCAAUUGCCUUGAAGUUGGAAGUAUGAAAGCCAGGACUACCAUUUUAAUCUCCUACUGCCUAUGCCACCAUGUUGAUAGGCCAGGGAAAAUGGGAAUGCUGUUAUUAGUGGUUUAGGAUUUUAUUUGCAUAUUUAGACACAGCCAUAAUAGAUGCUAAGUCAGUGAUUCUCAGACUUUUUCAGCUGGUAGAGUACCUGGAUGUCAUUCAUGAUGCCUGUAAUCGAACAUGUAAUAGAAUCAUGACAUUUUCAUAUUUUCAAUUCUUCCAUGCUAAGACAUUUUUAAUUAUCAAUAAAUGUAACCACCUUAUGUGAAGGAAUGUAAUAUAAAAUCAAAACCAGUACAUCUAAGUUUUCCUGUUAGUAUCAUUAGCUGUUCAUUUAUUCAUUUGUCAGUUACUACUACUUCCUAUUAGAAAAGUGAGGCAGAUAUCAAAGGUUUAAAAAAAAAAAAUGCAUGGAACCAAAACUUAAACUUGAUAAAAAUUAUUCAUUAAUCUAAGUUCUAUAUUAGCAGUUAUUCAGUUUAUAUGGCUGUAGGGAAAAUUCUGGGGCAAGUAGCUUAAGUUAAUUUUUAAAGUUAUAAGAAGAAAAUGAAAAGUCUUCAUUUGAAAUAUGUACAUAAUUUUUAUGCCUUAAUUUUCUUAAUUUGAAAAAUAAAGCAUUUAGGAACCAAUAUAUUGUGUUUUGAAACUUUGAAAAGAAUGCCAAAACAAAUAUUAGAGUUUUAAUUAGCCCUUAUUUAAUAUAUCCUACCAACUGGCUGAAGUAAAGAACUCAUUAUUUAUAAUGUACAGGAUUCAAGGAUGUUUAAAAUUCUGUAUUAAAAGCUAUACACACUGCAGUUUAAAUGUUAAAGUUCUAAGAGAAACA